AUGCCGUUCUCUCUUGCUAUUCGCCGUUCAAUUCUCUCGGCCAAUGCGUCCCGCAGCGCUUUCCGAUCUUUUUCCACAGGGCGCGCCUUGCGCCAGGGAGAUGACAAGCCGAUGCCCUUCUCCAACUCCCCGGCUCCUCCACGCCUCCCGAAGGAGGAACAAGAAAUCUUCGAGCAACUACAGAAACGGUCAACUGGAGCUUUCAGCACACCCCAAGUCAACCAGUCCCCACAGGCAGAAAUUCAGGCCGACGGUAACGGUGGCGAGCUGCACCCCGAUGCGCCGAAGGGACUGAAGCCCGAGUUCGAAGGCGAGAAGAACCCGAAAACGGGUGAGGUUGGAGGACCGAAAAAUGAGCCGCUGCGCUGGGGCUCUGGAAGUGACUGGAGCUAUGGUGGACGCGUCACUGAUUUCUGA